UCCACUCGGGAAGUGCAAAAGGGAACCCAUCCACACCCAUGCCAACGGCCGCAUCGCGGCCAUGCGCACAUGUUUGACUUUGAGGAGCUGUCCGAGUGCGAGGACACUGCGUCCAGCGAGACCCGAGCUCCCAGUGGCCCUGACCCGGCCGAACUCCGCGCUCGAUGCGAAGGCCGUGGUCUUUGCAUUACUUGGGGCCACCAGGCUUCUGCAACCAGUUUGGGGUUUCAACUUGGAACUGAGGCAAUGCUGCGAGAGGUGGAGGACUGGGACAAGUACGGCAUCUGCGCCUUGAAAGAGGAGUGCCUGAAGCGGCGCAUCCCGGUGGAUCCCAUCGUGGAACGACCUGACGUGCUGUCCCGCCUCUAUGAUGUGGUGGUAUGGCAGCAGAUGUCGCUGAAGCAGUUGCAGUCGGAGUGCUGGCGACGGAGGAUUCCCUUCGUCUCCUCGAGACGUGUCAGCCAGCUCCUCCUCCUCGAGACCGAGAACCCGCAUGCGGAUGCGGAGAAGGACUUGGUCACCCGGCUUAUGCAGGACGUGUUCCCGGGAAAGUCGGGGCCUCUUCCGGUCGGAGGGAUUUCUGGAGUAUGGACGCCGGGGGCUGGCAGCUACGCAGGCGGCACGCGCGUUCCAGCCUGGACAGGUGCGGUUGCGCCUGGGUUCGAGCGCCGACACCGAAGUCCGCCCAAGACGGCGCCUGCUGGUCCGCCGCCCAAAGCAAAGGCGACAGUGCCGCCGAAGCAAGACGAUAGGCCAAAGACCGAAGCGCCGUCCAGGGAGAAAGCCAAGUUCAAGUUUGAGCCGGGCCAGGCCCGCGCCUUUGUCGAUCCUUGCGAGGAAGUGCCCAAGGAAUACUACCAGACGCUUGGCCUGCAGCCCGGCGCAUCUAAUCAAGAGGUUCGGCGGGCCUACCGCCAGCUGGCCCUGAAAUGCCACCCUGACAAGAGCAAGGAGCUGGAAGGCACGCGCUUCAAGGAGCUCACCGCGGCCUACAAGGCCUUGUGCGACCUCCACGACUGCUGACGAGUGUUCCUGCGGUCAAGACGGCCCA